GAUAUUUGUGGGCCACGGAGAUUGGAUAUUCUAAAUUACAUGCUGACAUAGCAGCAGGAGGGUUUGGAGGUGUUGGUAUUCCUGGUAUCAAACUGUAUGCACGAGCAAGGUUUGAUCUUGUGGUCUGGAAAAAAACUUACACUGCACUUGAUGCAAUGUUCUCAUAUGUGAGAGACUUCCCAGACCGUAACUCUGUCAGCACUUUGACAUACAAGCGUUACAUUAAGAUAGUUGGUACUCUGAAGGUCACUCUCACCGGUCAAAUAUCUGGACAAAUGAAUUUCAAUGCAUUCAUUGGACGUUUGGAUAAUGAUUUUAAUAUGAAGGCAUCAGCCAAGCUUGAGACAGGACCUACUCUAACUGUUAAAAGAGAGGCUUCUUUUGAUACACUCUUGCUAUCAUCAACCUAUCAUGAUUUAGAAUUAUCUUCUCACUUUUAUUUCUCUUCUCUUUAUUCUCUUUACACACACUCACACACUGUUUCCUUUCAGUUAGUGUAUGUAUUGUCAAACCCUAAAGAUUAUAGAAAAGAAUACUCAGAUAGUUUGAUGUACAAAUAUGUUGGUCUUCCUGUCAACUGGAUACUACUGAACAUUACACUACCUCCUGGACCUGAAGCCACACCCACUACAACUAAUGAACCUGAAGGAGAAAUAAUAAUGAAAAUUAUAUCAAUGGAAAAUAAAGGAAAAGAAAGAAAGAUACAGGUACUAGUUGAUAAGAGAAUAACAUUAACUCAAUUUAAGGAGGAGCUAGUUCCACUGAUUGGUGUACCACCUACUGGUUUUAUAGUGUAUGAAAUCAGUGGUAAUGAAGAAUAUGAAAUGGAGGAACUGGAUGAGGCAUUAGAGUAUUCUGGAUCAAAGUUGAUAGUCAGACUGGGUAGACCACUAAGAAAAGGAGAGAAAAGGAUUAAAUUAUAUUUGUUACAAGUUAACAAUACAGAAUUUUGUAAGUAUAUGAUGUACACUAUUUAUGCUGAGGGUACACCAGUGAGAGAAUUUAAGAAACAAAUUAUUGAAGAAGCAAAAGUACAAGGAAUUGACUGUGUCCUUGAAUUAGACAAAAUGAGAUUACGUAACAAGAGAGAAGUGUUCCCUGGUUCAGUAUAUUUUGAUGUUGAGUGGAUUUAUACUAGUACUAGUAUGGAAAUGUAUGUGGAACCAUUGACAGGACCAGAGAAGAAGUAUGAAGCACAAAUACAGGUGUAUGUUAUAAGAUGGCGUCCAUCACAAUGUUCAGUUGAUCCAAUAGAAGAAAUUAUACUGGAUAAAAUUGAUCCUAAACAUGUUAUUGGAAAGCUUUCAGAGUUAAGUGGAGUUCCUGUUGAGUAUAUCUCUUUUUCAAAAGGAGGAUCAUUCCCGGUUGAGAUAUCAUGUCUUGAUAUUGAGAAAAUUAAGCUAAAAUGGUAUUCCAUCAAUUCAUCCAAAUACUCAUUAGGAUUAUUUGGUGAUGGACAUGUCAUAUAUUACAAAGACAAUAGAGAGACAAUGAAAGAGUUAACAGAUAAAGAGAGAUCAGAAAUACAAGAGGCAGAGGAAGCAAGGUCAGUAAACCUCAUGUUUCAUCAUGAUAAAGAAGAUUAG